AUGAGCCUGCCUGGCGGGUCGCGGCACUUGGACACGCGAUCGUCGUGCGGUGCACACGCUUCUCAUCCCAAAUGCCUAACCGGCUGCGGUUAUUUCCUCGCGACGCGUGCCUUUCGCGCGAUCGUCACGCGUGCUGCGACUUAUCGUGAGAGGGAGGUCAAGGGGAGUCCGGCAGACCUCUCGAGUCUCUCUCGCUGCUUGCUCCACUCCCUUCCUUUCGUCAAGUGCGUGGACUACCGUCUACGUGAGCUGACACUGUGUGUGACACAGGGCUGUGUCUGUGAGACUGGUGAACAUUAUUUCAGCGAAGAUUGUGAGGCUGGUGUGUUGUACAUUGACUGA